CCAACCUUACUCCUUCCCCAACCCUUAUAAGAGCAUCCAAAAGAAACCACUCUCCAAAACUCUCUCUCUCUCUCUCUCUCUCUCUCUCCAUCAUCCUUUGUUUUCUCCUCACUUCUAAGGCGUGGAAUUUGGCUUUCAUUACUGUCUCUCUCUAAACCAUCAAGCACUCAUCAAUACCCAUGUCUGCUUCCUUUCUUCCUCUUUCCUCUUAUGUCCUUCCACAGUGAUUUCCAAACACAGCACUCUUACACAGUCCUUGUUUUGGAAAUAUAGCCAUGGCUUUGUCCUUUCUCACAAUCAUUUCUUUCUCCUCAUAAUUCCCUCUCUCUCUCUCUCAGUCUACUAAAGUUUUUCACAGUAAUACUAUUUGAAGCAGACAACAAAGGCCAAGUAAUUAAUACCAUCCAAAAUCCCCUGUUUCCCUCAUUUCUGUUUUUUCCUCUGUUCUUCUCUAUAUAAAAAAACAGAACCAUCAUCCCAAUGGACAAGUGGGAUAACAAACCCUUAAGAAAACACCACCACAGAGAAAACCCAUCUUUCUCUUCCAGUCUCCUCGAUGUAAUCUACCGUUCCAUCGACGAACACGCGGAAGAGAAGGUAGAAGAAGACCAACUCAUCUUCUACAAAGAAACCAUGAGGAAACAGAAACAGAGCAACUGUUUCAGAGAAGAACCUGAAGCUGAAAAACUCAACUCUCGCAGGGCCAGAAAGGUGGAGAAUUGGAUUGAAAAGAGGUCCACAGAGAAAGUUUUAAUGGGAAGGAACUCAUUGACAGAGUUUGAAAGAAGAACACGAAGCAAUUCAAACACACUCUCCAUGUAUUCAAGCUCAACCUCCUCUGAGUCAAGUUCUGUUGGUGGCUUUUCUUCAUCAGAGUCAGAGUCCUUCUUUGGAGUGCAAAGGCCAAAGCCAAUAAGAACAAGUGUUUCUGAAAAAACCAACUUUGAUGCACUUCACAGUUACAAGAACCACUCUUCUCAAACCCAAAAACCAAAGCAUGAAAAUGGGUUUGGGAAAACCAAGUCCAAAGCCUUGAGAAUCUUAUAUGGUGACUUGAAGAAAGCAAAGCAACCCAUUUCACCAGGUGCAAGACUUGCAAGCUUUCUCAAUUCUCUCUUCACUUCAAGUGGGAGUGCAAAAAAGGCAAAAGUUUCAGCUUCUGUUGUGGCUGCAAGGCACGAGUCCAAAUCAGCACAACCCAGUUCAACUUGUUCAUCAGCAUCUUCAUUUUCAAGGUCUUGUUUGAGCAAAACCCCUUCUUCAAGAUCAGGUGCUAAAAGGUCUGUGAGAUUUUGCCCUGUGAGUGUGAUAGUGGAUGAAGAUUGCAGGCCUUGUGGGCACAAGAAUCUGCAUGAGGGUGAAGAGGGUUUGGUGAAAUCCUCUGUUUCUUAUGGGAAGAAUAGUAGUGAAGAACUUAGGUUGCAUGUGAUGCAAGAGAGUCGCAGGGUGGAGGAGUUAGCCAGAGAUUUGUUGAAGAAUUAUCAGAAAAAGAAUGAAUUGGAGUUUGGUGAUGUUAUGCAUUAUGAUGAUGAUGAUGAUGAUGUGGCUAGUUGUUCAAGUUCUGAUCUUUUUGAGUUGGAUAAUCUAUCAGCAAUUGGGAUUGAGAGGUAUAGGGAAGAGUUGCCUGUGUAUGAAACUACCCAUUUCAAUACCAAUCGCGCCAUUGCCAAUGGCUUCAUUAUGUAAUUUUGAGGAAAAAAAAAAGUGGGGUUACUUCUUAAUUAGAAUUUAAUGGUG